CACAUCAUGGCGAUUGAAGGUGGAGAAAGAACCUGUGGAGUACAUGAACUUAUCUGUAUUAGAAAAGUAUCUCCAGAGGCAGUUGGAUUUUUGUCAGCUGUUGGGGUGUUUAUUAUCUUGAUGCUGCUCCUUUUUCUCUAUAUUAAUAAGAAGUUCUGUUUUGAAAAUGUUGGCGGGUUUCCAGAUCUUGGUUCAGGAUACAGUACAAGGAGGAAUUCACAAGAUAAAAUUUAUAAUUCCUACAUGGACAAAGAUGAGCAUGGUUCAUCAUCUGAAAGUGAAGAUGAAGCACUGGGUAAAUACCACGAGGCCUUAUCCCGAACACAUAAUUCCAGACUACCAUUGGCCGAUUCUAGACAAAAGAACUAUACUUGGGAAACAAGACAAAAAUACAGUCCUCUAUCUGCAGAAUAUGACGGAUACAGUAGUGAAGCAUCAAUAGAUGAAGGAAACUGCAUUCAGAGAAUGAGAAGAACACCCCCACUGGAUGAAUUGCAGCCACCACCAUAUCAGGAUGACAGUGGUUCUCCCCACCUCUCAUGUACACCCUCAGAAAUUGGGGACAGUAAAUGUGAAUUUUCCCACUGCAGCAACAGUCCAAGAUGCUCAUAUAACAAGUGCCCAAGUGAAGGAAGCACAGGUCAUGAACUAGAAAGUUUUCAUAAUAAAGGAUAUGAAGAAGAUGUUCCAAGUGACAGCACCGCAGUCCUGAGCCCUGAAGACAUAUCAGCUCAAGGAUCAUCUUCACAGCUUCCCAAACCUUUUGAUCCUGAGCCAGAAGCUAAAUACGGCACACUGGAUGUGACUUUUGACUAUGACUCACAAGAACAGAAGCUUCUGGUGACAGUGACAGCUGUCACAGAUAUCCCAACAUAUAACAGGACAGGUGGCAACUCAUGGCAAGUACACCUUGUUCUUCUACCUAUAAAGAAACAGAGAGCAAAAACCAGCAUCCAGAGAGGACCAUGCCCUGUCUUCACAGAAACAUUCAAAUUUAACCAUGUUGAAUCUGAGAUGAUUGGAAAUUAUGCAGUUCGAUUUAGACUGUAUGGUGUACAUCGCAUGAAAAAAGAAAAGAUUGUGGGGGAAAAGAUUUUUUAUUUAACAAAAUUGAAUCUUCAAGGGAAAAUGUCAUUACCUGUGAUAUUGGAACCUUCUUACAGUCAUUCUGGCUGUGACUCCCAAAUGAGCGUGUCAGAAGUGUCCUGUAGUAGAAGUACAUCCUCCUGUCAGUCUCUUGAACAUGGCUCGGUUCCAGAAAUUCUCAUCGGGCUGCUGUAUAACGCCACCACUGGAAGACUCUCGGCAGAAGUCAUAAAAGGCAGCCACUUCAAAAACUUGGCAGCAAACAGACCACCCAAUACAUAUGUUAAAUUAACUCUCCUGAAUUCCAUGGGUCAAGAAAUGUCUAAAUGCAAGACAUCCAUCCGCAGAGGGCAGCCCAAUCCAGUGUACAAGGAAACUUUUGUUUUUCAAGUGGCCUUGUUUCAGCUCUCUGAUGUGACACUCAUCCUGUCUGUGUAUAACAAACGCAGCAUGAAAAGAAAAGAGAUGAUAGGCUGGAUUUCUCUAGGUCUGAACAGCUCUGGAGAAGAGGAGCUCAACCACUGGACUGAAAUGAAGGAGUCGAAAGGACAGCAGGUGUGUAGAUGGCACGCAUUGCUGGAGUCCUGAUGACCGGAAGGAGCGUCCGCAAUGCCAGGCUGCGCUGUUUCCCGUGACAUCGCUGUUUCCUCCUGGCCGCCCUUAGACGAGUCCCUCUCUGAAAAACCAUCUUCAGCAUUCUACCAAAAUGUUUUAAAUUCUGCGGAAAGAACAUUUAAUACUGACGUAAAUGGAGACAGGUUGUAUCUCUGGUAGAGCUUGUUUGGGAAGAUGAAAAACUUCUAUCGUCUUUCCUAAACUAACAAUUCUGCAGAGCUUUAAGGUCAUGCUUUUGGGUUGAAAUUAAUUUUACUUGAGCAAAAGAGCCAGUCAUUUUGUGAAAAAUCAAAAUUGUAAAUGUUAUUUUAAAUUAGAAUUUUCAGUUGCAGCAUUAUUUUAAUAUCACCCUCCAUGUUAUCCAUAAGACAUAUUUUGACUAGCUCAUCGCUGGUGUUUGAAAUAUAAGAAAGUAGUCGUCCAGUCUAUUGUAAGUCAUAUCUGCUGCUGAAGAGUUUCAAGCACAUUGAAAUGGUUUCGUUUCAGAUAUUUCCCUGUGUGCACUUAGUGUCAUUAUGCCUCAUGCCUCAGUUCUUCUCAGUAACACCACAUUGAAGUGCAACAAGGUUUCAUUGUUGUAAAGGCAUUCUUUAAUGUUAUUUUAAAAAUUCAUGUCUUCAUUUGCCUCUGCUUUUGCCCAAUCCAAAGAGACUAAGUCACGGUACUGGUCCCUCGCAAGCCUUCGAGACAGGCUGUACUGGAGAACUGUGUAACUUUCUGUUGAAAGCACUACCCGUAUUCUUGUAUUCCAGUGUAGGAAGCUAACAGGACAGGAUCUUACUUUGAAAUUCCUUUCAAUGAUUAACUCUUUAAAAUUGUAGUAAUAUGCAAAUGCAUUUUUUUACAAACUAAAACAUAUAGUAGAUACGCUGUUGAAAAUGGAAAACAAUUUGAGUUAAAGAGAAUUUUAAUGAUCCACUCCGAGUGGUUAGUAACCAGCACUGCAUAGAGCAGGUAGCAUUCAAAUCAGAAACCCUUCUGUCUUCUUCACUCUCCUUCAAUUUGUACGUGUGACGUGAAGACUCUCCCGUUCUCUGUUUGAACCAGAACAUCGUGUUCAAAACAGUUCUGAGACUCCUUAUGAAGUUUCUAGUGACUUGUGACUGGAUUUUAUGAAAUAUACAGAGACGCUCUUUAACGUGAUGUCAUCCUGUGCCUUUCAUGGAAGUUCAGUUUGCUCAUACAGCUUGAAAGCUGUAUUUGCAAAGUUAGGCCUUCGAUUUUUAUAAAUGAAAGAAUCCUCAG